CGUCAUUGGCAUCAUUGCGUCACGUGACCUGGUGUGGGCACCGCAUUGAAUUGAUCUGAUGAUCUCAUAGAACGGAUUAUUACGAGUGUAUUGCGGACGCAUGCUCAUGGUAUUGACGGUAUUGACGAGCUGCACGAUACACUGCCGUCCACAGGCCGCCGCUCACAGGUUUGGAUAGCUGACCGCAUCGAGACAUGGCCACUGUUCUUCCCACAACCUUGCACGAUGACAUCGACGUGCUCCAACAUUGCGAUGAUGGCAGCGUAGUGCUAGCCAGCAACAAUCUCACUGGCAGACAGUGGGAGGGAUCCGUCUGGAGCUUCAAGUCCGCGGCAGACGUCCCCGACAGAGUCGUCUCUGCCGUAGCCACAGACGCCGGGGUAGCCGACGUAGCCGUAUGUUCGUCUACUAGGUUCCUUCUGGGACUGGACUGUGGUGCCGUUGAGUUGUUGUACCUGAUCGGAGAGUCCCCGAGCGUAUUUGAGACAAGAUUUUAUGCCUGUGAACACGACGAUGGCAUUACUUCCAUUUCGCUGAGUCCCAACGGUGCCUGGCUGGCCACCUCUUCACGAGACAUGAGCAUCAAGGUUUGGGACAUGACAACAAUGAUAUGUACUUACACCUAUGCACCUGCGCACAGUGGAACCGUCUCUAAAGUGGAGUUUUCUACCGACCCCAAUGUGUUCCUGUCCUGCAGUGAGGACGGCAGGGUAUGUUCCUGGGACAUGAGGCUUCCCAGGCCUGCGGUUGCCUUGGGCAAGUGCAGCUGCGUUCCUACCACGGUUGCCUGGCAACCCGCGAGCGCCACGACUUUCGCCAUAGGGUACGAGUCCGGGGAAAUAUCCCUGCGGGACAUCCGCGGCUGUCGCGACACCGCCGUGUUCUCUCGACACGAACGUCGCAUCCACAGGCUCUGCUUCUCCCCCACCAGUCCCACGUGGUUGGCCUCCUGCGCGGACGAGACUAAGGUCUGCGUCGCGGACGUCUCCAAGCAAGAUGGAAAUCCAAUCUACAGUAGUGAGGGUCACAAACAUUUUGUGCGAGGCCUCUCUUGGGAACCGUCUUCAAACCACCUCUGGAGCUGCGGAUGGGACAGACAAGUUCGAGAACAUGUGCCUUCUUCCCCCAUGGACACCAAUGGCCAGGGGGAUGCCCAGUGACUCGUCUUGGAUGCUGCUAACGACGGACCAAUUUUUUUUUCACGCUCAGUGUGCAGUGCACGAAAGUGAACAUGACUGAGAUACGUGCUGUCACUGUUUUAUUUUGUAGUGUUUGUCGAGCUUAUAACUUUUGAGAUAUCCACUCUCGAAGUGAAUACUGUGUCAACCUUGA